CAUGAGGCUGGAGCUCCAGUCUCCUCAAGCCCGCCCGCCUCCUCGCCUGGCCGCUCUCAGCCUCUCAUCACCGGCCUCAUCCCCGGGCUCAAGCCGCUGUCGAGCGACCGUACGGAGCCGCUCCAUGGAGCUUGACUACCGGUCGCAGCCGCUCAGCAGGAAGCGCCACAAGAGCAUGGAGGUCUGAUCACGUCUUCCUCUUCUCAACAAUCCUGGGGUUGAAGCAUGGGGAGCUGGCGUGAUCUGCGCGUGGCCUUCAUCCUGGGCUCUUUCUUCAUGAUCCUGCUCAUCAUCGCCUACUGGGACGACGUCGGGGGCUUCAGUCUCUACCCUCGGCGAGACCACAAGCACCAGAGUUGCUCCGGCCCGGGGAGGUCCAACACGACCGGGACAAACCAGAGUGUUGCGAGGAGACCGGAGGACGCGGUGGAGUUUGAGGAGAAUAACGGCGUCUCAGACGGAAGUUGGGAGCAGAUGGCGAGGAAGCAGAGGAUUAUGGAUGUGUGUUCAGGAAAAGACUUGCUGGAGUUUCCCGGGAGGACUCGAGCUUUUCAGCAGAUCCCCAACAGAGAACUGGACCACUUGAUAGUGGAUGACACCCACCAGAUCAUCUACUGCUACGUGCCCAAGGUGGCGUGCACCAACUGGAAGAGAGUGAUGGUGGUUCUGUCCCAGUCUCUGGUCUCGCCCGUCUCAGGAGAACCUUACACUGACCCGGAGUCGGUUCCUGCUGACCUGGUGCACAACUCCUCACUUCACCUCACUUUUGCCAAGUUCUGGCGCCAUUAUGGCUCUCUUUCCCGCCACCUGAUGGAGCUCAAGCUUCAGCGUUACACCAAGUUCCUGUUCGUGCGCGACCCCUUCGUCCGACUCAUCUCGGCCUUCCGGAACAAGUUUGAAAGGCCCAACGAGGACUUCUACCGCCAGUUUGGCUCGGUCAUCCUGCGUCGCUACGGCAACCUCUCGGGAAGUGUGCCGGAAACCGCGGCCGAGGCGUUUGCGGCCGGAAUCAAACCCACCUUCCAGCAGUUCAUCUCGUACCUGCUGGAUGCAGAGACGGAGAGAGAGAGCAUCUUCAAUGAACACUGGCGCCAGGUCUACCGCCUGUGCCACCCGUGCCAGGUCAACUACGACUUCAUCGGACACCUGGAGACCCUGGAGACGGACGCGGAGCGGCUGCUCAAGCUCCUGCAGGUGGAUCACAUGCUUCGCUUUCCCUCCGGGGCCAGAAACCGGACUGCGGCCAGCUGGGAAAGGGACUGGUUUGCCCAGGUUCCCACUUCACUGAGGACAGAACUGUACGCGCUCUAUCAGGCGGACUUUCAGCUCUUUGGUUACCCCAAACCUGACAGUGUGCUCCACCGCUAGGCCACACCCACCUGAAAUACCUUCAAAGUCUGUGAUGCUGUUUGUUGGUGCAUUUACCUCAAAGUGCCUGCCAGGGUGAUUUUAUUCUUAUUUUGUUUACCAGGGCACCUAACCAGUCCUAACCAGUCCUAACCAGUCCUAACCAGUCCUAACCAGUCCAUUUCCAAUCCCAUUAUUGGGCUGACCAUUUCAUCAACACUCAACACAAUUCUACAUUUAAACUGAUUCUUGUGUGUAUACGUAUA